UACUUCAGAAACCCUGUGUGCUGUGAGUGCAUUGAUGAUUGCCAAUUGUGUGCCUGGAUUGUUUGUGGAAUGCUUGCCUGUAAACAAGACUUGAACACCGUUAUUCCUCAUUUGAAGAAGCAUUGUGCUUCAUUGUUCAUCUCAUCUUGAAAAUUCAAUGCAUUUCAGGUGCAUGGGGAAAUUGAGGAAGGAGCUGUGAUCAUUGAUAAAGCUACAGGAAAAUCACGGGGGUAUGGGUUCAUUACAUACAAACACAUGGAGUCAACUCAGAGUGCUUUGAGAGAACCCAGAAAAUUGAUUGAUGGUCGCAUGGCUGUUUGUAAUCUAGCUUGUGAAGGCUUAAGCAGUGCUAAUGUAACCGCUGACCAAGCCCUGAGAAAGCUCUACAUUGGGGGCCUAUCACCAGAAGUCACUAGUGAAAUGCUGCUCAAUUUUUUUGGCAGGCAUGGGGAGAUAGAAGAAGGUUCCGUUGCUUAUGACAAGGAGACAAACAAAUCACGUGGUUGUGGCUAUGUUACAUACAAGACAGUGGAAGCUGCAAAGAAAGCCAUAGGGGAUCCAAACAAGAUCCUUGGGGGGAAGAACCUUACUGUUAAGCUGGCUGACACCCAAAAGGGCAAAGUGUUGCAGGCACAGCUACCGGCAGCAAUGCUUCCAAUAGCCAUACCCAUGCCAACCAACUGGCUUUGCACAGCCGGGGAAUGCACAUAUUGUCAAUACAGCUCCUGUUGGCUUUUCUGGUUACCCUCAAGCUGUACAAACAUACCCAAACACUGCUUACCCAAGUCCUGCUGCUGCUGCAGUUGCUUCUAAUCCACCACAAACUCAGAUUCCUUAUCCACAGGUAGCUGUAAAGAAAGACCCUGUUGGACUCUCUACUGCGCCACCUGCUGGAGUAGGUGGGUAUCCAUAUUAUAUUGCCAAACAAUAAUAUGAACCACAGUCAAAACAUUGUAAUAUGGAAACAUACAUGCAAGCCUUUCCCAGUGUUCCAUGGCUGAUAAUUUAUUCAACUGGGUGAAGGUAAUGCCGGGGCCGUUCAGAAAAAUUACAUGAAGGGAACUCCUACUUGUUGAAGUGAUAAUAUUCUCGGGAGAGUUUUGGUAGGCUAGGAAACAAAAAUUUUGAUUUUUUGAGAGUUUGAUGAGUAGAGAUCUGGAACUUGCUUCUAGAUCUCUUGCCACUUGAGCGUCGUAUACAAAUUCAUUCUUACUAUUAGCCUCUCAGGCAUUAAUCUGGGCCUAUGCCUCUCAACAUCAAUCUGUUAUAUGUCAAUUCA